AUGGUCAAAAUCCUAAACUCGCUGCUGCUUCUCGCGGCUUCGGCCCAGGCCCACUACCGCUUCUCCAAGAUCGUCGUCGAUGGCGUCGAAGAAGCCGCCGAGUGGACCGCCGUCCGCAUGACCAAGAACUACCAGGGCAACCAAGGCGUGACCGACGUCAACAGCGCCGACAUGCGGUGCUUCCAGGCCCGCGCGGGCACGAGCACCGCCACCAUCGCCGCGGGCAAGACGCUCGGCUUCGUUGCCAACGCGGCCGUCACCCACUUUGGCCCCGUCCAGUUCUACAUGGCCAAGGUGCCCGAGGGCGCCGACAUCAACACGUGGGAGGCGGCCGGCAACGUGUGGUUCAAGGCUGGUAGCAUCUCUGCUGUCAAGGCCGGUGCGGAUUGGAGCUGGCCCGCAUACAGCCUCCUCCCCGGUGGUGCCCAGAUCUACCUCUCGUGCGCCCAGGUCGAGGUUACUGGCGGCGGCAGCGGCACGCCCGGCCCCAUGGUCUCGUUCCCCGGCGCGUACAGGGCCAACGACCCCGGUCUCCUGUGGUCCUACUACCCCGUCGCGACGACCUACACGGCCCCCGGUCCGGCGGUGUGGACGGCAUAG